CAGCAGCGGCGGCAGCGGCCUCGCGUGUUUUUCCAGUUCCGCGUUGGGCGUGGGGGCAGCGGCAGCUGCAGCCCGGAGCAGAGUCUGCGUUGAGAAGGACAAGGACCAAGCACCAUCUGCAGCCGUACCCAAGACUGGCACAAAGUGUUCUUGAACCACUUCAGCGUUCCCUGAAGAGUUUUGGAGUUGAUUUUGUUCCAAGCUUUGUAGACAUUUUGAUGGUAAUUAUCAAUGCUGCAAAAAUGUGCGUGGGGUACCUCAUUCAGCCUUUCCCCAUGACUCUUUGGGAGCUGGGAGCAGGAGAGAGCUUAUACAGCAAGGAGGAGUGCAGAAAUAACAGGAUAACAGCUGAACUUGGGAUUUUCCAGUCACUGAUCGGUUCCAAAGUCGCCUUCUGCACAGCAAUCACCUUUGAGCAAUUUAUAAAGCAAGCUCACCCCAAGUCCCUGCCAAAAUCUGACAGAAUGAAUUGGAGAACAAUCCUUUAUGCUGUUUUAUUGGUGAGCCUUACAGUAGCCAAAGCCCUGCCUAGAACUUCUCGGGAUGUAGAGGGAAAAACAAGCAUUGGUCAACGUUUUUCUCAGCUGCACGAGAACAACUUUAAAGCCAUUGCUCUGAUCAUGUUUGCCCAGUACGUGCCAGGAGGGACGUUCAGGAGAGCAGCCGGGAUGGCCGAGCGGGUCACAGACCUGGCCAGAAGCUGUGCGGCGGCAGCCAGGGACAGCCCCGACUGCCUGAAGCCUCUGGACAGGAUUUUCUUUGAUACAAUAUGCCAGGAGAAAAACCUUCCCAGGAUUGCUGACUGCUGUGCUAAAGAGGAUUCUGAAAGAAAUGACUGCUUCCUCUCCCUGAAAAAUUUCUCGCAAGGCUUCAUCCCUCCUUUGCAAAGGCCAGAUGCCAAAGCUGCCUGCAGAAACUACUCACAGCAUCAGCAACCAUUAACAGCAUAUUUUACUUACGAAGUUUCCAGAAAGCAUCCCUUCCUGCCUGCCCCAACAAUCCUGUCAGCCGCUCUCCGGUAUGAGGAGAUGAUGAAGAGGUGCUGCGGAGGUGCAGAAGGCCCCUCUUGGCACCUGGAGGAAUGCUUCCAGACACAGACACCGAAGGUGGUGAAGCCAGUAAGAGAAAAUGCCCUGAGGCAGGAACACACAUGUGGAAUCCUGAAGAAGUUUGGAGAAAGGACCUUAAAGGCUCUGAAACUUACCCAGAUAAGCCAGAAAUUCCCCAAAGCUGAUUUUGUCACUGUUCACAAACUUGUGAUGGACGUGGCUGACAUGCACAAGGACUGCUGCCGCGGAGACAUGCUGGACUGCAUGCAGGACAGGGAAGACAUUCUGCAGUAUGUCUGCAGCAACCAGCACAUCCUGUCCAGUAAGAUCCAGCAGUGCUGUGAACAGCCCCUGUUACAAAGGAGUGAAUGCAUCAUUCAUGUGGAAAAUGAUGACAAACCUGCAAACCUGUCCCCCCACGUCAGGGAGUUUAUUGAAGACAAAGGAAUAUGUGAACGUUUUGCCCAGGAAAAAGACACACACUUAGCCAGGUUUCUGUACGAAUACUCCAGGAGACACCCCGAAUUUUCUGCCCAGAUGCUUUUAAGGAUUGGCAAAGGCUACGAGGACCUGCUACAGGAGUGCUGCAUGCCUGGGGCUCCCAGCAGCUGCCUCAGCAGAGGGGAGGAAGAACUGAGGAAACAUAUUUACGAAACAGAAAGUGUCAUGAGGACAAGCUGCGACAUUUACAAUGAGAAAGGAGAUUACUAUUUCCAAAACGAGCUCCUCAUGAGCUUCACCAAGAAGAUGCCUCAGCUGACAUCUGCAGAGCUGAUCAAAUUCACCAAGGAAAUGACAACCAUCGGCUCCAAAUGCUGCCAGGUGGGCCAGGACAAGCUGCUGCCUUGUGCUGAGGAAAAUCUGGAUCUCGUGCUUGGGGAAAUCUGUAGGAGACACCUGGCUGACCCCAUAAAUCCUGGAGUUUGCCGCUGCUGCAGCAGCUCCUAUGCCUUCAGGAGGCCGUGCAUAGGAAAACUGGAGGUUGAUGAGAGUUAUGUGCCCUUGGCCUUGACUCCAGGGCUAUUUGCUUUCCAUGAAGACUUGUGCACCACAGAAGAGGAAAAGUUACAGCACAGGAAGCAGGAGAUGCUCAUCACCCUCCUCAAAUACAAGCCCCAGAUCAGCCCAGAGCAGCUGGGCUCCGUCACGGCCGCCUUCAGUGCCAUGAGGGAACAGUGCUGCGGAGAGGCAAACCCUGAGGCCUGCUUCCUGAAAGAGGGUCCAGAACUCAUCAAAAGGAGUGAGAAAAUGCUGUCGGCGUAAGGAGCUGCACAGUUCAUGGGAAGGUCCUCGCUGGACAAGUGACAUGAACUGCACAGGGAGCAUGUAAACCAAACCAAGUGACAAAAAGCCACAUUUAGUACACAGAGAGGCUGAAUCCCCAUAAGGAAAUCCACUGAAACAAUCAGCUAAGUGAUGGAAAUUCAAGGUUUGGCUGUGGCCACCAUCUUCUGGUAUGCAAUGUAAUUUUAUUACCCCAAAUAGUCACAGACCGAAACAAAGAAAGGCAUUUAAAAUCCUAAGCUUAUGAAGUGUAAGUGCAAAUGAGAUCAAAUUAGAGAAAAUCUGCCUGUAGCCACUUGUAAAUUACUUUUCAAUCACUGAAUAAUUAUUUUUGUAAUGCUGGCCUUGAACUACAGCAUAUAAACUCACCAAUAUGGCCUGCUCUGGCUUGUUGUAAUGUUGCCUUUAAACAGAGAAAGAUUAUCUUGGGCACCCCAAAUAAGGUGACAAAGAAAAAAAAGUUAAGUAAAAUGUCACAGAAAGGACAGGACAGGGACUGCUGAAGCACCUGGUCAGCAGGGAAAUGUACAAAUUCAGAUAGGAUACAGAUGGUAAUCACUGUUUCUGUGAUUAAUGGCUUGGGGUCCAAACUUGAGUGACCCCCAUUUCCUCUGUCACCUGUGUGUCCUUGCUGUGUUUCCUUGAAUGUCCCAUAAUACUUUGGAAUAAAUUCUUCUCCUGCUCU